CGCUCACAGGGCAGUGGGUGUCGGCAGGUGGUGGAUUAAAGCUUUCAUUAAUUUCUGUGUAUCUUCUUGUCUUUUCCUUAAGUAUUAUCUCAGCCCCUGCAUAUUCCACUCUGAAAAUCCAUGAAAGCACGGGGAUUCGAGACUCAUGACAAAUGUGAUGGCUGGUUAUAAUCCCCAGUUAAACAGCCUUCAACACAGUUGCAGUUGUAGUGCGAUAUCAAGCCCCGUAAGGAAGGAUUUACUGUGUUGGCCAUUUCCGUAUUCAAGGCGUUUCUCAAUGAGCUGUAACGUUUCAGGUUGUUGGAGCGCUGUCCGCUCUGUUCUCAUCGCUCCGUGCGCAGGGCAGGCCCUGCCGCGCCGGGGGGUGGGAGCCAUCGGCGGCUCGGCCGUCGGCUUCGCGCCCUCCGCUCGCGGGCUCGGUGGGAUCGGCGCUCGCUCGGCCGCCGCCAGGGCUGGGCGAGGGGAGAGGCAAGAUGGCGGACAAGGCGCCCGGCGGCUCGCAGAAACCCGCCGGGAAGGUCAGAGGGCCAGAUGCAGUACAUACCACUGGAUCUGCUGAUUCACAUCCUCUAAUGGAAAGUAAACUUAAAGCAUUCAGUAUUGGCAAAAUGAGUGCUGCCAAACGGACUCUGAGCAAGAAAGAGCAAGAAGAAUUAAAAAAGAAGGAGGAUGAGAAGGCUGCUGCAGAAAUUUAUGAAGAAUUCCUUGCUGCCUUUGAAGGAGGUGAUGGUAAUAAAGUGAAAACAUUUGUAAGAGGAGGAAUCGUAAAUGCAUCUAAAGAGGAGCAUGAAACAGAUGAAAAACGGGGUAAAAUCUAUAAGCCUUCAUCACGAUUCUCAGAUCAAAAAAAUCAACCAAGUCAGCCAUCUAAUGAGAAACCUCCAUCCCUCCUAAUGAUAGAAACCAAAAAGCCUACCCUCCCCAAAAACAAAAACAAACAAACAACUUUGCCUGGGCCUUUGAAGAAAGGAGAGAAGGAAAAGAAAAAGAGUAAUUUGGAACUUUUUAAAGAAGAAUUAAAGCAAAUCCAAGAGGAGCGUGAUGAAAGGCACAAAACUAAAGGUAGAUUGAGUCGUUUUGAACCACCCCAGUCUGAUUCAGAUGGGCAGCGGCGUUCAAUGGAUGCUCCUUCAAGAAGAAACAGAUCAUCUGGUGUACUGGAUGAUUAUGCACCCGGGUCGCAUGAUGUUGGAGAUCCAAGCACAACAAAUUUGUAUCUGGGAAACAUCAAUCCUCAGAUGAAUGAAGAGAUGUUAUGUCAAGAAUUUGGCCGCUUUGGACCAUUAGCAAGUGUUAAAAUUAUGUGGCCAAGAACUGAUGAAGAAAGAGCAAGAGAAAGAAAUUGUGGCUUUGUUGCCUUUAUGAACAGAAGAGAUGCAGAAAGAGCAUUGAAGAAUUUAAAUGGCAAGAUGAUUAUGUCUUUUGAAAUGAAGCUGGGCUGGGGCAAAGCUGUUCCUAUACCACCACAUCCAAUCUACAUUCCGCCUUCCAUGAUGGAGCACACCCUGCCGCCGCCCCCGUCAGGACUGCCUUUCAAUGCCCAGCCUAGGGAGAGGUUGAAGAAUCCUAAUGCUCCAAUGUUGCCACCACCAAAAAACAAGGAAGAUUUUGAGAAGACUCUGUCGCAAGCCAUAGUCAAAGUGGUUAUCCCAACAGAAAGGAAUUUGCUCGCUUUGAUACAUCGAAUGAUAGAGUUUGUGGUUCGGGAAGGGCCCAUGUUCGAAGCCAUGAUCAUGAACCGAGAAAUCAACAACCCAAUGUUCAGGUUUUUAUUUGAAAACCAGACUCCAGCCCAUGUGUAUUACAGAUGGAAGCUUUAUUCAAUUCUUCAGGGGGAUGCUCCAACCAAGUGGAGGACGGAAGAUUUCCGUAUGUUCAAAAAUGGAUCCUUCUGGAGGCCACCACCAUUGAAUCCAUACUUGCAUGGGAUGUCAGAAGAGCAAGAAACGGAAGCGUUUGUGGAGGAGCCGAACAAGAAGGGUGCACUUAAGGAAGAACAGAGGGACAAACUAGAGGAAAUUCUACGUGGGUUAACACCUCGGAAGAACGACAUCGGUGAUGCAAUGGUUUUCUGUCUAAAUAAUGCAGAAGCUGCUGAAGAAAUUGUGGACUGCAUUACAGAGUCAUUGUCCAUCCUCAAGACUCCUCUUCCUAAGAAGAUUGCAAGAUUGUAUCUAGUGUCAGAUGUGUUAUACAACUCUUCAGCUAAAGUUGCCAAUGCUUCCUACUAUAGAAAAUUUUUUGAAACAAAAUUAUGUCAGAUAUUCUCUGAUCUCAAUGCUACUUACCGUACAAUACAAGGCCAUUUACAGUCUGAAAAUUUCAAGCAACGGGUGAUGACAUGCUUCCGAGCAUGGGAAGACUGGGCAAUCUAUCCAGAACCAUUUCUGAUCAAACUACAGAAUAUUUUCUUGGGACUUGUAAAUAUCAUGGAAGAUAAAGAAACAGAGGAAGUACCAGAUGAUCUUGAUGGUGCUCCCAUUGAGGAAGAGCUCGAUGGUGCUCCACUAGAAGAUGUGGACGGAAUUCCUAUUGAUGCUGCUCCUAUUGACGAUCUGGAUGGAGUCCCAAUUAAAUCACUGGAUGAUGAUCUUGAUGGAGUUCCUUUGGAUACAACUGAAGACUCAAAAAAGAAUGAGCCUAUAUUUAAAGUUGCCCCUUCAAAGUGGGAAGCAGUGGAUGAAUCGGAACUGGAAGCUCAAGCCGUUACUACUUCUAAGUGGGAGCUUUUUGACCAACAUGAAGAAUCUGAGGAGGAGGAAAUUCAAAAUCAAGAAGAAGAAAGUGAAGAUGAAGAAGACACACAGAGUUCUAAGUCAGAAGAACAACACAUGUAUUCCAAUCCUAUCAAAGAGGAAAUGCCUGAAUCCAAGUCAUCAGUCAAAUACUCAGAAAUGAGUGAAGAAAAGCGUGCCAAACUCAGAGAGAUAGAGCUUAAGGUGAUGAAGUUUCAGGAUGAGUUAGAGUCUGGGAAAAGACCCAAGAAGCCAGGCCAGAGUUUUCAGGAACAGGUUGAACACUAUAGAGACAAGCUGCUCCAGAGGGAAAAAGAAAAAGAGAUGGAAAGAGAACGGGAUAGAGACAAAAAGGACAAGGAAAAGUCUGAGACCAGGUCCAAAGAUAAGAAGGAAAAAGAGGAAUGUACACCAACACGAAAAGAGAGGAAAAGGCGGCACAGCGCUUCCCCCAGCCCGUCCCGCAGCAGCGGCAGCCGCCGGGCCAAGUCGCCCUCGCCCAAAUCCGAGCGCUCCGAGCGCUCCCACAAGGAGAGCUCCCGCUCCCGCUCCUCACACAAAGAUUCUCCCAGAGAUGUCAGUAAAAAAGGCAAAAGGUCGCCAUCUGGCUCCAGGACACCCAAAAGAUCAAGAAGAUCACGAUCCAGAUCCCCUAAAAAGUCAGGGAAAAAAUCCAGGUCUCAGUCCCGUUCUCCUCACAGAUCUCACAAGAAGUCAAAGAAAAGCAAACACUGACAAUGUUAAUAUUUUUUAUGAUGCUGUCACUUACUGGAAAUGCGGUUUUGUUUUGUGCCUGAACAGUCUGUUUAAAAACAAAAAAGCAUUCCUGAUUAUUUUUUUUUUUUGUGAAUGCACGUGUAUACUCAUGAGUAUCGGCAUCUGUAGACCUGUCAUUGUUUUAUAUUGUACAAAAUAUCUUCAUUGUGACUAUUUCCCAAAAGAAACAUUUUUGUGUUUAGAAGUUUCAUCAGAAAUGUGUGUAACUGAUCUGCUGGCAGUAGUGAUAUUUUGUUUUUAGAAUGUUGUGACAUAGCAGAAAUAACCCAAACGUUCCCCCUUUUUGUAGCUUUGACAAUUUGAAUUAGAUUUCAAAUAAAAUCUGAACAGAAAAUGAA